AAACAUUCCACCACCAGGCCCCUCCCUCUCACAUUUAUUAUUGUUCUUCUCACCAAACUCAAGCUUGGGGGUGAACAAAUGAAGAUCUUCAACUGGGUGCAAAAGAGGUUCCAUCAGAACGUCGUCAGAGAUGGGCUUGCUCGAAAUGUUAAGAAGACUGAUUCGCUUGCAAUCGAUUCCAACACGAAAGCUUUACUCGAACAGGUAGCACUUUCCGACAUGCUGGAUGGUUGGCGAGAUGGCAUUUUAACAAUCGGCACUUUCGGUUUCGAUCCUUUGAAACAAAACGACUACUUAGCUCCGGGAAGCUACAAAGACGACGACGACGAUGAAGAGGAAGCAGAGGAAGAACUAUACACCGAUAAUAACGAUGAAGAAGAUGUUGAGAAUGACAGUGAUGAAGAAGAGAACCCACUGGUGUUGAGUGCUUUCGAGCACAGUUUGGAGGACGUUGAUCACGCGACUUAUGGAGAAACUGACGUGAUGAUGAUGGUUGAUGGGGUCAGUGGGUCUACUGAUCCCGAUAUUAAGUUUGACUUGGAGGUCGCUGAGGGCCAUUCCGGAAAGCUGAGGAGAAGAACUACAUUGGCCGACCUCUUCUCCGAGGACUCUGACAUAAAAAAGAAGCCCUGCCCACUGGAAUUGGAUUCAGAUUCAAGCAAAAAGCCAUCUGCUCGUACCAAAAAUGGACUUUCCUUUGCCAAGAAACUCAUUCCUCAAGUUGGUGAAGAUUCUCGCCCCAUCAAAAUGCUACACCAUAUGAUGAGGAGGAUGUUGAAAAGGAAGAUCCAUCCGGAGCUGGAAGGCAAGGGACUGUGCAAGGCCACCGUAAUUGAUGCUGUUGCUAAAAAGACACGUCAAUCCACUGAAUCUGUGUCUCUGCUUCAGUCCCCAGAUGCUGCUAUAGCUUGAGCUUGGAGUGAUGAUGAUGGAUGACCUAGUCUGAUUAAUGCUAAUGUGUUGUUUCUCUUUGUGUCUUUAAUUUAUGGACAAUGUUGAUUAAUGAAGCUAUUCAUGUAUGUGAAGUAU